AGCCAGACAGACAGGCCGGACGGGGUACCAGCACCCCGAUUCCUCUCCCUGGGACACUGUCCACACUCCGAGGGCCAUAGGCCAACCUGAGCCAUGGGUGCUGAGAAGGAGGUGCUGGUCACACUGUCAGGGGGAGCCCCCUGGGGCUUCCGACUUCAGGGGGGGGCCGAGCAGAGGAAACCCUUACAGGUAUCCAAGAUCCGAAGACGGAGCCAGGCUGGCAGAGCAGGACUCCGAGAGAGGGACCAGCUUUUGGCCAUCAAUGGGGUCUCCUGCACCAGCCUCUCUCACGCCAGUGCCAUGAGCCUCAUCGAUGCCUCAGGGACUCAACUCAUCCUCACUGUGCAGAGGGUAGAGGAUGAAGGGCCUUUGCGAUCUCCAUCCCCUGGUGAGCUUCAGGUGCUGUCACCUUUAUCUCCGAUGAGUCCUGAGCCCCCUGGUGCUCCAGUUCCCCAGUCUCUUCAGCCUGGGAGCCUCCUCUCACCCCCUGAUAGUGAGGCUUACUACGGAGAAACAGACAGUGACGCUGAUGGCCCUGCCACCCAGGAGAAGCCCCGCCGACCCCGCCGCCGAGGCCCCACAAGGCCCACCCCUCCAGGAGCCCCACCUGAUGAGGUCUACCUGUCUGACAGCCCUGCAGAGCCGGCACCUGCUAUCCCUGGCCCUUCCAACCAGGGUGACAGCCGUGUGAGCUCCCCAUCUUCGGAGAAUGGGGCCACCCUUAAGCCACCCCCAGCCGAGGCCCUGCUGUUGCCCCAUGGUACCCUCCGGCCUGGCCCUCAUCUCAUCCCUAUGGUGGGGCCUGUUUCCCACCCGGUGGCAGAAGAUCUUACUACCACCUACACCCAGAAGGCCAAGCAAGCCAAACUGCAGCGGGCAGAGAGCCUCCAGGAGAAGAGCGUGAAGGAGGCCAAGACCAAAUGCCGGACGAUUGCGUCCCUGCUGACGGCAGCCCCCAACCCCCACUCCAAGGGGGUGCUUAUGUUUAAGAAAAGACGGCAGAGAGCCAAGAAAUACACCCUGGUGAGCUUCGGGUCUGCAGCUGGGACAGGCGCCGAGGAGGAGGAAGACGGGGUCCCUCCGACGAGCGAAUCCGAGCUGGACGAGGAGGCCUUCUCCGACGCCCGCAGCCUCACCAACCAGUCCGACUGGGACAGCCCCUACCUGGACAUGGAGCUGGCCAGGCCGGGCUCAGGCGCAGCUGAGGGCCCGGGAGGGCAGCUGACUGAGGCCUCGGGGAGAGGGGUCCAGCUCUCUCGCACGGGCAUCCUGCAGGAGGCCCGGCGUCGGGGGACUCGGAAGCAGAUGUUCCGGCAGGGGAACGAGGAGACGAAGAACUCUCCCAACCCCGAGCUGCUGUCGCUGGUGCAGAACCUGGAUGAGAAACCCCGGGCCGGGGGUGCGGAGUCUGGCCCGGAGGAGGAUGCGCUGAGCCUGGGGGCUGAAGCCUGCAACUUCAUGCAGCCACCAGGGGGCAGGAGUUACAAGACCCUGCCUCACGUGACACCCAAAACCCCGCCCCCCAUGGCUCCUAAGACCCCGCCCCCUAUGGCUCCUAAGACUCCACCCCCAGUGGCUCCCAAGCCCUCAUCUCGAGGGUUCCCCGAAGGGCUAGUAAAUGGGGCGGCCCCUUCUGCUGGAACCCCUGAGCCACCCAGGCUUCAGGGCCGGGGUGGGGAGCUGUUUGCCAAGCGGCAAAGCCGAGCGGACAGGUUCGUGGUAGAGGCCGCACCUAGUCCUGGCCUCGGCCCUCGGCCCCGAAGCCCUUCUCCUACUCCCUCGCUGCCCCCUUCCUGGAAAUACUCACCCAAUAUCCGAGCCCCGCCUCCUAUUGCUUACAACCCACUGCUCUCACCCUAUUUCCCCCAGGCUGCCCGAACGCUCCCUAAUAAGGCCCAAUCCCAGGGGCCGCGGGCAACCCCCAAGCAAGGCAUCAAGGCUCUGGAUUUCAUGCGGCACCAGCCCUACCAACUGAAAACUGCCAUGUUCUGUUUUGAUGAGGCUCCCCAGACUCCUGGUCCCACCUCCUCAGGGCCCCCCAAAACGGCCCGAAUCCAGGAAAUCCGCCGAUUUUCCACUCCAGUACCCCAACCCACUGCAGAACCCCUGGCCCCCACUGUGCUUGCCCCCAGAGCAGCCACUACAUUGGACGAGCCCAUCUGGAGGGCAGAGCUGGCCUCAGUCCCUGUCCUCAGCCCAGCCCCUCCUCCAGAGUCUCCCAGGGGUCUUGGGACCUCACCCAGCUCCUGUGGCUUCCAGGUAGCCAGGCCCCGGUUUUCCGCCACCAAAACGGGAUUGCAGGCUCAGGUGUGGAGGCCUGGUGCAGGCCACCACUGAGCAGGGCACAGCUCCCAGGACCAAGGAGAACUAGUUGCUUCUCCAGUGCCUAAAGUUGCUUCUCCUACCCAAUCCACCCCCUCUCUCGGGCAUUUGGAGGUUAAGUUCCCUCCUGCCAGAGGUAGUUUUGGAGUUGGUGUCCCAUCCCUGUUCCUCCUGGCUCCCAACCUCCCUGCUGCUUUCCAACCUAAUACUUCUGCUUUGGUAUCUGUGCUUCUCUUUGUCUCUGUAGUUUCUUGCCUGGAUCUUUGUCUUUAUCUCUAGGUCUCUCCACCCAUGUUCCCUCACUGGUCUGUAUUUCUCUACUUUGUUCUUUUCUCUGUGAACUUCAUAACAUUCAAUGAGAAGUAUACAGAGAAGCUACCACUGAGCACUCAACAAGAAUCUCACCACCAGGCAGGCAGCAAUGAAACGGAAUUGAUCCUUGUUUGCUCUAAGUUAUUCUCUACUGCUCAUCUUUUCCAAACUUGGCUGGCAUAUACCUCGGCAUGUACGUAUGCGUAUGUAUGUGUGUACGCAUACGCAAGUGUACAGAUGUGCUCUUCUGUCUGAGGCAAGAGUAAGAGGACAGAUCUAAAUAAAGACCUAAUGUGGGUCUCACCCUUGCACUGAUGAAAGAAGGGUGAGAUGACCCCACAUGGAUAAUCUAGGGGAGAAAGAGGCUCACUACAGUUGAAGACUAGCAUCUGUAACUGGUAUACAGCAUCUUGUGAAACGUAUGGAGUAUGGGGAGACGUGAAGGACCAAGGCAGUUUGUAUGGGCUGCAUUAUACCAGUUAGAUCAGGAAUCGAACUAAAAAUUCUAUUCCUCAGGAUUUCAGACAGUUAGCAACUUGACAGGCCCAUGCUGGGCAACAAGCACCCAGGAAGUGAACAAAAAGAAAAAUUUCCUCUGAGAAUGAACAAAUCAUUGGCUUCACGUCCUCUAAGCCUCGGACAGACAGAAAGAAGAGAGCCAUGGUGUGGAAAAUGAGGCAGAACCAGGAGCAGAGCAGAAAUUAAUGAAAUCAAUUGAGCCACAAAGAGGAGCAUGGUGAGACAGUGAGAAUGCAGUGUUGGCAGAGAGUAAAGUUAGGUAACAAGAAACCAACUGUGGGCAAGAGGAGGAUUUGGGGGGAAUUGUGAUGGAGAAGAAUGCAUUUGUUAGAGUGAAGUGGAUGAUGGUGGGGGGAUGUCAGAGUAUAUACUGAGUGUUGAAAAAACAGUUGGUAUCUGUGCUACCUCCUUUGAGUCUGUCCCUCUGUCUUCUCUUUUUUAAAAUUUAAAAGUAUAUUUUUUAUUGAUUUUUUACAGAGAGGA